UAGCAAAUUACGGAAAUCAGUUAAAUAAAUUUAGAAAAUAGAACAAAUAUUUAUUUUCAUCAGUAAAAUGAUGACAAAAUAAUAAAAAAAAAAUUAUGCUUUCCUGAUAAAGUGUCGCACUUAUAUUAUAUUUGCAUGUAUUUGUUUGUAUGCGCAGUAAAGUUGCGCACUUAUUGUGUUUUUUUCUGAUCUUUCUGAUGCAGUGUUUAUAAUUUAUAUCGUGUUUAGUCUUGUUGAAAAUUUUGUUAAUUACAUUUAAAUCUUCUGAAAAAGAAUUCGACAAAAAAAAAUGAGACUUCUUUUUAAAAGACCGGACGGAUGUCCGAUGAAAUUUCAUUUGGCAAAAUUGAGUGAUUACGAUUUAUAUAAAUAUACAAAACUAAUCACAUUGAAUGGAGGCGAGGUUGAAGAACAAGGUAAAACCAACGUUCUUACUUUUGCACCUAAGGUUCCAUUUCUUGAUUACGAAUACCUCUUUGAUAUAAAAUUUAUCGACGAUUGUAUAAAAUUCAAGAAAAUUUUAGAUGUUGAUAGUUAUUAUAUCGGCGAUUCGCGAUUCUAUCAAGGUUGCCCAAUGAGUAAAUUGAUUAUGCAAACAAAAUCUUGUUUAUUAAAUCAAAUAUUAUUAUAUCCAAAUAAAAAUGAUAUUAUUGUCACGACUUUCGAUGACAUUUCUAAAAGAAACACUCAAACUAUGGAUGAGGUACUAGAAAAUAAUUCACCAUUACCAACAAUCGCUGGCGAAAUUCAAUUAUCAGAUGAAGCAAUUCAAAGCAUUGAAAAUAAUUUAAAUGAAAAUUUAAAAACCUAUCAAAAUGGAAAGAAAAAUGAUGAUGAUAAUAAUACAGAUCGUAAUUUACUUGAAUAUUUGGAUAUAAACAGAAGAAAAAGUGUGGAAACGAAUGAAAAUGAAAAGCUUUUAAAUGAGAAUAUAAAAGCAAAUGAAAUUGAAAUAACAAUAAGAUAUAGAAAUAAUAAUUUAAAUACAAAUGAGAAUGAAAUUAUUGAAAUUAAUGAAAAUAAUGAAAGUAAUGAAAAUAAUGAAAGUAAUGAAAAUAAUGAAAGUAAUGAAAAUAAUGAAAAUAAUUUGAAUGGCAUUGAAAAUGAAAGCACGCGACAUAAUGAAAUCGUUUUGAAUGGAAAUUUAGUGACAAUGCAAGAGGAUAAUGAAGUUUCGAAUAAUGUUGAAAAAAAUUCAAAUGAAAAUCAAAAGCGAAAAACAAGGAAGAAUGAAAAUAAAGAAAAUAGUGCGAAUAUUAAUAAAUCAAGUUCAAUGGAAGUAGAAAUCUUAUCGUCAGAUAAUGAAAGCGAUCAUGAAAGUCAUGAAGCUGAUAAAAAACCCCGUGAACGACACCUGACAUUAGCAAUGGUAAAAGAGAAGUUUGACAAAUACGAUUUAGAAAAUUGGAUAAAAGAUUUAAAUAAAGACAGACCAAAAGAUGCUCAAGGAUAUCCAAAAAAAUACGGUCGUACUUACAGUUCAUGGGAGACCAGGAAUCUAAUUUUGUUAAUAGCUAAAACUGAUACUUACCAGUACAUGUAUAGUAUGAAUCUUUGGAAAUAUAUAUCAACGCUAAAAAUAGUGGAUCAGAGCAGAAAAGAAAAAUCUUUGUACCGACACAUGUAUUUGCGAGUUUUAAAAAGUAUUGACCAAUUGAAGUUCAUAACCGAUAAAAUAAAAGAUAAAUUCAUUGCAGUCCGGGAACAGAAGCUGAAAGAAUAGAAAUGUUACUAGUAUCCUUAAAUCAGGUUAAAGAAACAUUGUUUUUUUUGAGAAUUCGCACAAUUUUUCAUCAUCUUACAGAGAUACUUGGUUGUUUUCGAAAAAUAAAAAAAAGGAGAUAUCGAUCAUUUUUAAGUCCUUCACUUUGCAAAGUGAUUAUUUACACACAUUCAAUGUGAAGAUCAAUAUUUUAUUAAAAGAAACGAGUUUAGAAGAAUGAAUUAUAAAUUAGAAAUUAUAUUAAAAAUGAAUAAUUAUAAUAAAUUAUUUUUAUAUUA